AAAGUCGUUGCGUUAGGCGACCAAGAGGAUGUUCUCGGUGGUAGCGAUGAGAUAUAUAAAAGGUUCGCGCUCCACAUCCUUAAGGAUAUCGUUGUUUGAGACGUAUUCGAGUGCACAUUAAUAUUCGUUCUACAAUUAUGAAGUUUCUCGCCAUCUUUAUCAUCUUCGCUGUACUGGUUUACGUUUCGACAGACACGCUACCGGCUGUUUAUGACGGACCUACUUACGAAUUGACAACCAUCGAUGACCCGGCGUACGACGAGAUGACAUCGAAUCUAUCGCCUAUCCGACACCGGCGCAUAACCUGCGACCUUUUAUCCUGGCAGUCCAAGUGGUUGACCAUCAACCAUAGUGCGUGCGCGGCCAAAUGUCUGGCUCAACGUCGCCGGGGCGGUCGCUGCCGAGACGGCAUUUGCAUCUGCAGGAACUAGAAAUAGACGUCGCGUCUCGCUUUGAAAAGUAUCGCAGACAUACAAUCUCCCGACCAACGCACGUCCCACGGGGGUCUCGCACACCCUCGCCGUCGUCGUCCGCUGUCCCACGCCAUCGAUUACGGUUGGUAAACGUUGCUGCAUCGUAUCCAGAUUAAUAUUCAUGAUGAGGAUCACGAUGGUGAUGAGACAUCGCACCAGUUCAAUCGCCACGCGGUGGUCCCGAUCGAUCGAUUAUAACGAGUAAAUUUUGGUUGAAAAUUAAUAACGCCAUUGUCAAUGGAAAUUAUAUCGAUCGUUCUUCUCUCGUUAUAUCAAGUCGUAUAAUUUGAUAAUAAGAAUAAUAAAAUGAACGGCCCUUAUCCGCGAGAAAUUGAGAGAAAUUAAAAUGUUGGCGUUGGUUAUUAAUGAACGUUGAUUUAUCAUAAUGACCAUUUGUAUGAGUAUAAUUUGUAUAACGCUUUUCAACAACAUCAAUUAUUUCAUUGCAGCAAACGCUGCGCAUACAAUGCUGAUUGAAUCGAACAUAUUUCUGCGAAAAUUACUUUAACAUAUAUGUACAUACAUGUGUAGGUAUCUCGACUAUCUAUUAUUUUUUCAUAUGUUGCCAAAGUAAAAAAUCAAUUAGGUAUCUAUGAAUAAUAGUAUUGAUAUCUUUUUCUACUGCGUAGAGUUAUUCAUGCCAUUAAAUAUAAUGCAAGUAUGUUUAUGCGAUGUCUAAAUUAAAACCCGUUUUAUAAACUCGCCCCGCAAGAUAAUUAGCGCCACUUACCAUAAUCAGCUAAUCUGCUAUUAUAACAAAUUAAAAGCCAUCUGGCUAGAUUAAUUUCUCAAUCGUAAUAAUAUUAUAUAAACUUGCGAUUACGACAAUAUUCGUAAAAAAAAAAGAAACACAAAAAUUUGACCAAAAAAAAUAUCUUUUUAAAAUUUGACGUGAAUUAUGCAAAAUAUGUUUUACACAAGUUCAUUCAUUAUGUAUUCGCGAUUUUGCUGUAUAGCCAAAAAUGAUUUUAAUAAUAUACGAUAUAGAAAUAAAUGAUAAUGGGGGAUAGCAAUUAAUCGAACAAAACGUAACAUACCGCGCCCCGAUUAAUAAUUGACCUUCGUCCCGGCGCAUUCAAAAUCUAUUUCCGAAUGUGAAAGCAACAUGUGGGCCCGGACCGAUAGUUCCACAUUGAUGAAUCCAAUCACUAACCUUAAUAUCUUUCGUCCCAUCGUGUAUAUUGAUUGUGCGUCGCGAACAAGCACGGAACACAUAUCACCGCCGGACAAUAAGCUGUUGAAGCUGUCUCAGGAGACAUUUCAAUCGAGUUUAAAAUACACAUUUAAAUAAUCGUACGUGAAUCAAUCUUCAAGAUUAAUUUGAUGUCAAGUGCGUGAUCAAGAUCUUAAGUCUGUAACACUUUGAAUAAUGAACAAUACAUCUCUUAAUAUAUCGCGGAGCUCCCCUUUAAUACUCGGGCAAUCAAUGUUCUCCGAUAUAAUAUUUCUGUGAUUUCAAUUCCCAGAAAAAAAAUUUAUCUAUGUAAUUGCAUUGAUCCCGGCUGAUUACUCUUCAUUUAUCAGAUUUAAUUCUAAUUUUUCAAAAGCGCCUUUUAGACUCUCAUUUGGAUAUAAUAUAACGCAUUCAAAACUCAUAUCAUUUCUGAUCACGCGUAUGUAAAAUUUUCCUCUCAGAAUACUCGUCUCGCUCGACCUUUAGUUUCUCUCUACUCGCAUGAUAAGAGUCAUUCAUGGAUGGAAAUUGUAAAAUUGUAGUAGCACUCCACUUGGUAUCAAAAUUCACUCUCGUAGAAAGAUAUUAGUGGGAUUCAACGGGAUUAAGAUGAGAUCGGAUUAAACGGAGAUGUCCUCAGUGGGAGGAUAGGAGUUUCUACGAUCCUUCUAUGUUUACGACACUCCUCGACUAAUGUAUUAGCGGUAUUGUAUACCAGGUGUCCCUGACCGAUAUCGAACGUUCCUUUUUGUUGUUGCGACUUUGCGAGUGGGAGAGAGGGACUCGAAAACUUGCGAUGUCCUCAUGACGAUAUGAAAGUUUCCUCGACAAAAUCUCCGAUACGCGGUAACUAAAUAGGACGAGAAUUUCGUGACCCGAUGUAAAAAUUAUCGAUCCGAAAAUAUUCGAUAUUUGCUUUCGCGGAACCACUUUACGUGCAAUUUCCGAGGUAAUAUAAAAUAGAGAUGAUUCGAUUCGCUUUUUCUCUUUCUCUCUUUUCUCCGUGCGUUCGAGAAAGAUGAUUCGUUCGAUUCGCAAGCGCCAGCAAUUUGCUCCGAUAGAACGCCAGGACUCUAUCGAGAGAGAGAGAGAGAGAGAGAGAGAGAGAAAAAUACAUAAUGCCUCAAGGAAGAGUUCGAGAAAGGAUCGCUUUGAUCGAAAUGCCACACUUAAUUCGAUUCCAAAGCCGCGCAGAUUCGACGGCGGCUCGAAACAGGAUGGCCGACGUCGGCAUUUCAAAGUUGUCGACUUCUCAUGAGAACUCUCGGCCUUCUCGUGUCCUCCGGGCGACUUUGAACCCCCUAAUCUACCUCUCACGUGUCUCAGAAACUUGCCUGAAGUCGACAAAUGGAACGAUAUUUCGCCGAACAAUAUAUCGGAAUAAAGUCUGAACGGUGUUCACGGACUAUGUAUUGUCCAGCGUUAAUAUUGUUGUAUGACGGCACACAGCAGAAAUAUUUAGGAAAGCUCGCACGAUACAAACGGAGAAGAAUAACUUCUUCCAUUGAAUAACGGACAUUAAUCUCGUGGAUGCGAACAUUAAUCUCACGGAAUUUUCCGAGCGUUUGUUGCCGGAGGCAGCAGUAAAAAGCAAUAAAAAGAGCAUUUCAUUUUUUAUUUCAGUCUUCGAGAUGUUUCGCGAAAACAUUAGCAGGCUUUAUUCUUGACGUAGAUUUUAAAAGUUUCUCUCUCUCUCUCUCUCUCUCUUGUAAGAGAGAGCCAGAGCAACAACUAUAAACUUCAUUUAAGAUUUUUUAACUUUGUAGUGCGUUUUUAUGCUUUCGAGUAAAAAGAUUUAUUAUUUUGCCCGAAUAAUUAUUUUGCAGUGAAAAAAUUCAGAUUCAUAAUAUUUAACGCAAAUUUUCCCAUUUCAAUUUUAGAAAUGAUACUUUGCUUUUUAAUAGAGAUACCGCUCUACGGUAUCUCUAUUAAAAAACCACGUGUACAAUAUGUAUCCUUCGAGACGAUUCGUAUAUUACGAUAUUUAUUCAGCAUAUUUACACGUGCAAUAUUUUUGAACAUUUGAUCAAUGCCAUAUACACGAUCGCUUGAAACGUGGGCGAUAGAAUCAUAAAGAAAGCAAAACUUUUCCAGACCGUGCGGAUAGAAAACGCGCGAACGCAAUCAAUCAGAUCGUCCCGAAUAGAUUCACUUUGAAACUGACAGAUAACGAACCGCGCUGCGUACAACGAGUUAUAUUUAAGUCAAUUCACAUAAGGGUAAGAGUUUAUGGACUAAGAACCAAUUACUACGCAAUUCCGCAAAAGAGGAUUUAAUAACGAGCGAAAGGAGGAGGAAGAAGGUCAGCGAUUUCCAUCGCAUUCGAACAAAUCACAUUGUCCUUC